CUGAGGCUGUUCCAGCGAUUGUAGCGCUCCGCCCCCCGUCCUGCCGCUGCCACUGCUUCUGCUCCUCCCCCCGCUGCGGCUGCGGCUGCGGCGGCUGCUGGGCAUCCAAAAGGCCGCCAUGGACGUGCUCAACCAGCUGGUGGCUGGGGGUCAGUUCCGAGUGGUCAAGGAGCCCCUGGGCUUUCUGAAGUUACUUGAAUGGGUUUUCGCCAUCUUUGCCUUCGCUACUUGUGGCAGCUACACAGGGGAACUGAAGCUCAGUGUGGAAUGUGCCAACCGCAGCGAAAGCCAGCUCAGCAUCGAUGUGGAGUUCGCCUACCCUUUCAGGCUGCACCAAGUGUACUUCGAUGCCCCCACCUGUCAGAACGCGGGCUCCAAGAAGGUGUUCCUGGUGGGCGAUUACUCCUCGUCGGCCGAGUUCUUCGUCACCGUGGCCGUGUUCGCCUUCCUCUACUCCACGGGCGCCCUGGCCACCUACAUCUUCCUGCAGGACAAGUACAGAGAAAACAACAAGGGCCCCAUGAUCGACUUCCUGGUCACAGCGGCCUUCGCUUUCCUGUGGCUGGUGAGCUCUUCCGCCUGGGCCAAGGGCCUGUCUGACGUGAAGAUGGCCACCGACCCCGAGAACAUCAUCAAGGGGAUGAGCGGCAUCUGUUCCCAGCCCGGCGUGUCCUGCAAGGAACUGAGGGACCCCGUGACCUCCGGCCUCAACACCUCAGUGGUGUUCGGCUUCCUCAAUCUGGUCCUGUGGCUGGGCAACGUGUGGUUCGUGUUCAAGGAGACCGGCUGGUCCGCCCCGUUCCUGCGCCCCCAGCCCCCCGCCCCCGAGAAGCAGCCGGCUCCCCCAGGAGACAGCUAUGGGGAGUCGGGCUACGGCCAGGGCCCCGGCAGCUACGGGCCCCAGGGCGGCUACCAGCCCGACUACGGGCAGCCUGCGGGUGGCAUGGGAGGCUACGGGGGCCAGCCCGCAGACUACGGCCCCCAGGGAGCCCCCACCUCCUUCUCGAAUCAGAUGUAGGCUCGGUUGGAAGCAGGGUGGGGAGUGAAGCAGCCCCCUCUGCCACCUCCUGCAGGAAGCCCUCCGGUGUGUGGCGAGUGCACGUGUGCCUGUGUGUGUGCAUAGUGGGGAAUAUCAGAGCCUGCCUAGAAACCCCAAGUUCAAUCCUACUCCCCUCCCCCACCCUGGGGGACGUUCUGGUUGUCUUUGAUGUUUAUAUAAUAUAUAUAUAUAUUCCAUAGAAAGAUAUAUUAUUUAUGUGUCUGGAGAUCCCUCGCCCAUUCUCCUGCCCCAAGAUGCCCCUUUGUAGUCUGGGGAAUGGGAGCCAGACCAACCGGAUGAUCCUCCCCAAGCCGGACCCCUCCCCACUCCUGGUGAUGCUCCGUCCCCUACCCCCUCCAUCCCUCUCCUUUCCUGGGGGUGCAGGUCGAGGGGGCUGGGACGGAGCAGGGACCCCCCAUCUCCCUGGGGAGGACUCGACAAGGAGCUGGACUCAGAACAAAGCCCCAGUUGGGAGCAUGUAGCGGACUCUUAGUGAACCUCCACCUGGUAGCUUUGAGAAAGGAGAGGCCGGGAGGCUCAGCCAGGCCGGGGAAGCUCCCGGAAGGGCAGGAGGCGAGGGUCCGGAGCGGCCGGUGGCCCCGGGCCCCGAGGGAGGGCGUCCGCGGCCCCGCUGGGAUUGAGGAGGCCCUAUCCGCGGGGCAAGCCCGUCCGCCCCAGCCCUACCUGCCGGCCUCGCCCUCCUCUCCCUGGCCCUCUCCCCCCUUUCUCUGCUGCUCUCCCGCAUCCGUGACCCCUGGUGGUGCCCGUGCCGUGUGUCUAUGUUGUCCAGCUUUGUGGCCCUGCCCCUUUUCUCCUUGCUGCCCUCGCCUUUCGGGGAAACACCCGCUCCGUGGAUUCUCUCUUUCCGUCCCCUUGAAAUAAAACGUACCAAGCCCA